ACGUCAAAUUUGACACUAUUGACUAUCGCAAAUAAGAUCAAGGUUGUAAAAUGUUAAUGUAAUUUACGAAUUAAAAUUAGUCUUUUAUAAAUUUUCGGAACAUGUCAAUUACGUAGAAGGAUCCCACGUCGAACUUGACGUCCCAUAGAAUACGAAUGCGGCUGCUAGCUAUGGAUAGCACGUCCAUGAAUCCUUACGAACAACAGCUGUAUACGGUUUUCAAAACGUUCGACGUAGAUAACGAGGAAGCCCUAAACAAAUCGGCCGUGCUCGAUCUGUGCGACGCUUUGCAGCUGGAAGACCGCGGUGCAGCCCUCGUCGGCUCGCUGUUCGAGCGCAGCUCCGACCGCGUCACCUUCACACAGUUCCGCAACGGGCUUCUCUCGGUGCUCAGCGGCGACGGCGCCUCCGCCCCCGCCACCUCGGGCGCGCCCUCCGCGCCGCCCGGCGCUCCGCACAGCGACGAGGACUCCUCCGGCCGCGAGAUCGCUCCCAAGUUCGUCUUUGGUUCCAAAAAGUACGGGCGACGCUCGAGGCCUCAGCGCGCCUCUGACGCGCACGCGCCGCGAGCCGCCUCCGUGUCCCGCCUGGACGCCGACGACGGGCGCGCGCGCUCCUCGCAGCGCAUGCGGGCCCGGCGCAGCGCCUCGGCCAUGGAGGCGCGCGACCUCGACCCCGACGACGACGACGACGCGCCGGCCUUCGAGCACGAGCGCCGCGUCGACCGCGCGCAGGCCCUGGCGCUGUGCCGCGACCUGCGCAUGGACGGCAUCGACGGCGGGCUCGUCGACCGCAUCUUCGAGGAGGCGCGCGCCGGCGAGACGACCACCGUCGGAGAGUUCUUCGACCGCUUGAACGCGACCCUCACCUCGUCCAUCGAGGGCGCCGGAGAGAGCGCGCCCACUCCGGAGCCGGACGGCGCGGACCCCGAGGACGACGACGCCGGCGUCGCGAGCGAGCUGGUCGUGGACGCGUGGGAGCGCGCCGGCGUGCCGCGCCCGCGCCGCCUGCUGCUCGAGCUCGGCUUCGGCGCCGCCGCCGUGCGCCCGCCCGACCUGGAGCGCGCGCUGGACACCGAGCUCACGGCGCUCGCCGAGCCGCUGGACGAGCGCCGCGACGCGCGCCCGCUCGUGCUGGCGGCCGCGCUGGCGCUGGCGCGGCUGCGGCUGCGGCGCGCGCGGCGCCGGGCCGACCUCGCCGCGGCCGAGCGCGACAAGCUGCGCGCCGACGUGGCCGAGGCCAACCGCCGCGCGCUGCUGCUCGCGCAGGACGUGGACGAGACGCACGCGCGCAUGGAGGCCGAGCUGACGGCGAGUCUGCGCCGGGCGGAGGCGCGCCACGCGGAGGCGGCGCGGCGGGCGGCCGACGAGCUGGCGGCGGAGCGAGAGCGCGCGGCGGCGCUG